AUGAAUUCGGCGUGGUGGAAAUCGAAUUUCAGUAGCUCGAAGAUCCUCUUCUAUUUCCUGUUCCAUGGAUUGCAGAUAGGCAUGUUUGCUUUUGGAUGGUGGAAACAAGCUGCUGACCCUCGUCUGGCACCCCUGAAUACGCUGGGGUUUUCGGUAUGGAUCUCUCGUGGUGCCGGCUUGGUGCUCUCGAUUGACGGCGCCUUGAUCCUGUUGCCCAUGUGCCGGACACUCCUGAGAUGGGUGCGGCCGAAGAUUCGCUGGAUUCCUUUGGAUGAAUCCCAGUGGUUCCAUCGCCAGGUGGCAUAUUCUUUACUUUUCUUUUCUAUUGUGCAUACGACUGCUCAUUAUGUGAACUUUUUCAAUGUCGAGAAGUCUCAAGUUCGUCCCGAGACUGCUGUUCAGAUUCAUUACACUCAGGCUGGUGGGAUUACCGGCCAUAUCAUGCUUCUGUGCAUGCUGUUAAUGUACACGACCGCACAUCACCGAAUUCGACAACAGGCUUUCGAGACUUUUUGGUAUACCCACCAUCUAUUUAUUCCAUUUAUGUUGGGGCUGUACACGCAUGCUACAGGUUGCUUCGUCAGAGAUACAGUUGACCCAAUUUCGCCGCUUGCGGGAAAGGACUUUUGGGAUCACUGCAUCGGUUACGAAGGUUGGAGAUGGGAGCUCUGGGGUGGAGGUAUUUACCUCUUUGAACGGCUUUACCGAGAAAUUCGAGCAGCGAAACCUACAGAAAUUACGAAAGUCGUUAGGCAUCCUUACGAUGCCAUGGAAAUCCAAUUUUACAAGCCCAGCUUUCGCUACAAGGCCGGCCAGUGGCUCUUCAUAAAUGUUCCAGAUGUCUCAAGGGCGCAAUGGCAUCCCUUUACAAUCACGUCCUGUCCAUUUGACCCUUACGUUAGCAUUCACAUACGGCAGGUUGGAGACUGGACAAAACAAUUGGGUAACCGUUUAGGUUGUGGCCCACAACAAGCAAAGGACAUUGAUGGCCUUGACCCACUGGGCAUGUACGAAAUUGCCAUGCAAAACGGACAAACAAUGCCUAGCAUUCGAAUUGAUGGACCUUACGGAGCCCCCGCAGAAGACGUCUUCAACAAUGAGAUCGCUAUUCUCAUCGGAACAGGUAUUGGCGUUACCCCAUGGGCUUCAAUCCUUAAGAAUAUAUGGCAUCUACGAGCGUCACCAAAUCCACCAACGCGUCUUCGCCGUGUCGAAUUCAUCUGGGUUUGCAAGGAUACUAGUUCCUUCGAGUGGUUCCAUGCUCUCCUUUCGUCGCUGGAAGCCCAAUCAGCAGCAGAGGCCGGCGAUGGUCAAGAGUUCUUGCGUAUCCACACCUACCUCACACAACGAUUUGACCAAGAUACCGCCGCCAAUAUCUACCUCAACUCCGUCGGUCACGACAUAGAUCCACUCACAGAAUUGCGGACAGGGACCAAAUUCGGCCGACCAGACUUUACGAGAUUUUUCACAGCUCUACGGAACGGCCUGAUUGAUCAAACUUAUAUGUCCGGAUUAGACGCUUCAUUGCGGACGGAUAUCGGUGUCUACUUUUGUGGGCCCAAUCCGGCAGCUAAGUUGAUCAAGAAGGCCGCCCAUGACUGUGCCACUAAUGAAGUCCGGUUCAAGUUUUGGAAGGAGCAUUUCUGA